GGAGGAGCGUGCGCGGGUGCUAAUUGGCCGGAGCGGCGGCCCCGCCCGCGAGUGGCGGGCGGUCACGUGACGCGACGGCUGGGGGCUCCCGGCGCGGGGGACGCUGGUGGCCAAGAUGGCGGCGGAGCUUGUGGAGGCCAAAAACAUGGUGAUGAGCUUUCGAGUCUCCGACCUUCAGAUGCUCCUGGGUUUCGUGGGCCGGAGUAAGAGCGGACUGAAGCACGAGCUGGUCACCAGGGCCCUGCAGCUCGUCCAGUUUGACUGUAGCCCUGAGCUGUUCAAGAAGAUCAAGGAGCUGUACGAGACCCGCUACGCCAAGAAGAACUCGGAGCCCGUCCCUCAGCCCCACCGGCCCCUGGACCCCCUGACCAUGCACUCCACCUAUGACCGGGCCGGCGCUGUGCCCAGGACUCCGCUCUCGGGCCCCAAUAUUGACUACCCCGUGCUCUACGGGAAGUACUUAAACGGACUGGGACGGUUGCCCACCAAGACCCUCAAGCCAGAAGUCCGCCUGGUGAAGCUGCCCUUCUUCAACAUGCUGGAUGAACUGCUGAAACCCACCGAGCUAGUCCCACAGAGUAACGAGAAGCUCCAGGAGAGCCCGUGCAUCUUCGCCCUGACGCCGCGGCAGGUGGAGCUGAUCCGGAACUCCAGAGAACUGCAGCCCGGGGUCAAAGCCGUGCAGGUCGUCCUAAGAAUCUGUUACUCAGACACCAGCUGUCCCCAAGAGGACCAGUACCCACCCAACAUCGCCGUGAAGGUCAACCACAGCUACUGCUCGGUCCCGGGCUACUACCCCUCGAACAAACCUGGAGUGGAGCCCAAGAGGCCCUGCCGCCCCAUCAACCUCACCCACCUCAUGUACCUGUCCUCCGCCACCAACCGCAUCACCGUCACCUGGGGGAACUACGGCAAGAGCUACUCGGUGGCCCUGUACCUGGUGCGGCAGCUGACCUCGUCAGAGCUGCUGCAGAGGUUGAAGACCAUCGGGGUGAAGCACCCGGAGCUGUGCAAGGCUCUAGUCAAAGAGAAGCUGCGCCUUGACCCCGACAGUGAGAUCGCCACCACCGGCGUGCGCGUCUCCCUCAUCUGCCCGCUGGUGAAGAUGCGGCUGUCCGUGCCGUGCCGGGCAGAGACCUGCGCCCACCUGCAGUGCUUCGACGCCGUCUUCUACCUGCAGAUGAACGAGAAGAAGCCCACCUGGAUGUGCCCGGUGUGCGACAAGCCGGCGCCCUACGACCAGCUCAUCAUCGACGGGUGAGUCUCUGGGCCUGCCCUGGGCUCGCCCGCGCCUCGGGCCCUCCUGUGGGAGGCCACGCUGAUCCGUGUCCUCCGAGCCCCCAGAGACUGUCGCAGUCGAAGGUACCUGGGGGCAGGUGUGGCCCUGACAGUGCACAGGUGCCAGGGCCUGGUGGCCGUGGCUGCUACAGCCAGGCCCUCUCGGGCCUACCUGGCCACAGGGCCUCUCCUCAGACGCCCUGGCCACCACACCCACCUGUCCUGCAGAGUGGGCUGGUAG